UUAUUAUUAUAUUACAACUAUGGGCAUGCAGUUUCACGGAACUGAAGAGGAGGUGGAAUCUCAGUUUUUAGAGUUGGAACAGCGGGAUGAUGUCAGGGGAAAGAAUAGAUAAGAGAGUGGGUCUGUUUUCGGAGGUAGUGUGGCUGUGGGUUUUGGUUGAAAUGAAGUUUUUUUCUUUUAAUGUUAGAGGAUUGGGGGGAACGGUGAAGAGGAGAGAGCUGGGUAGAUUAGUAAGGGCAGAGAAACCAGAUUUUUUAUGUUUACAGGAGACAAAAUUGGAAGAAGUAGAUGAAGGAUUGUGCAAAAUGCUGUGGUACUCAGAUGAGUUCGAAUGGAGUAUGAAAAGUUCGGUGGGAGCCUCAGGAGGCUUGUUGUGUGUGUGGAGUAGGACAAGUUUUGUCAAAAUGGAGGAAUUUGCAGGGGACGGGUUCUUGGGUGUCAAAGGGUUGUGGGGUGUAAACAAGGUGCCAUGUAGGUUGGUGAACGUGUAUACUCCGACUGAUAGAAGGAGAAAGGCUGAGCUAUGGAAUGAGUUGCGACAGAGGAUUACAGAGGAAGGUGGGAGAUGGUUGCUGGCAGGAGAUUUUAAUGCGGUUCGGUGUCUCGAAGAACGAAGGGGAAGAACAGGUAUGAGUGUUGAUAUGUUGGAGUUUGAUGCUUUCAUAGAGAAUACAGGGUUGGUUGAUUUUAAGCUGGCCAACCGGAAGUUUACAUGGUAUAGACCGGAUGGUACAUCCAUGAGCAGAUUGGAUAGAGUAUUAAUGACGGUCGAGAUGAGUAGUAUGGGUGAGGAGUGGGUGCAGCAGGGGCUGAAGAGAAAUAUAUCCGAUCAUUGUGCCAUUAUUUUGAAAACAAGAGUUAAGGAUUGGGGACCAAAACCGUUUAGGGUGUUGGACGUUUGGCAGCAACAUCCAGAGUUUAAGAAAUUCGUUGAAGACAAAUGGUCUGAGAUGGUGGUAGAUGGUUUUGCAGGUUAUAGAUGUAUGCAGAAAUUGAAAAUGUUGAAGAAAUUUUUGAAAGGGUGGAAUAAGGACGUGUUUGGGGAUAUAGAAGCUAAAUUUCAAGCUGCUGCUGAUAAGGUGGCUCGGAUGGAUAUGAAGAAUGAAGAGGUUGUUUUAGAAGUGGAAGAGGUGGCUGAAAGACAAGAAGGAUUUCAUGAUAUGUGGGAUAUUAUGAAGAAGAGGGAGAGUAUGUGGAAGCAGAAAUCAAGAUGUAGAUGGGCUAAAUUGGGGGAUGCUAACACGAGGUUCUUCCACAAAGUGGCAAAUGGUAGAAAGGUUCUUAAUAACAUUAAUGGCUUCUCGUGUGAAGGCAAGUGGGUGGAGGAGCCAGAGGAGGUGAAGAAAGAGGUUGUCAGGUACUUUAGCACCAUGUUUGAAGGAGAAUCAUGGCAACGUCCCAAGCCGGUUGGCAUCAACUUUAGACAGAUCUUAGAAGAGAUGAAAGGCGGGUUAGAAAGGCCAUUUUCUGAAGAGGAGAUUGAGGAAGGUUUGAAGAGCUGUGAGGGAACAAAAGCACCAGGGCCGGAUGGAUUCAAUUUUAGUUUUCUCAAAUUUGCAUGGAACUGCUUGAAGGAAGAUUUUAUGAGUUUUUUCGCGGAAUUUCACCAGAAUGGCAGGUUAGUAAGAGGAUUAAAUUCUUCUUUUAUAACCUUAAUUCCUAAGAAGUUGAAUCCUUUAGAAUUAAAGGAUUUUAGACCUAUUAGUUUGAUUGGAUGUCUGUAUAAGUUAUUGGCAAAGGUGCUGGCUAAUAGGCUAAAGGGUGUAAUGUCGAGCAUAAUUAGUGACACUCAGUCUGCUUUUCUGGGGGGUCGUCAGUUGGUGGAUAGUGUUCUAGUUCUAAAUGAGGUGAUUGAUGAGGUUAAGUUGAAGAAACAAAAGGCCUUCGUUUUUAAAGCUGAUUUUGAAAAGGCCUACGAUUGUGUAGAUUGGGCAUACUUGGAUUGGAUGCUCUGUAAGAUGGGUUUUGGAAUGAAAUGGCGGGGAUGGAUUCGAGAAUGUCUUUCAACAGCAAGGAUCUCGGUAUUAGUGAAUGGAAGUCCCACGGAGGAGUUUGUAAUGGGAAAAGGCUUAAGGCAAGGCGACCCGUUAUCACCAUUUUUGUUUUUGAUAGUUGCUGAGGGGUUGAAUGGUUUAGUUAAGAGAGCAGAAAAUGAAGGAUUGUUACGUGGCAUAGCAGUGGGUAAUAGGGGGUUAACUGUGUCUUUGCUUCAAUUUGCGGAUGAUACGGUGUUUUUGGGUAAUGCGGACAGUGAGAAUAUAUUUGCGGUUAAGACCAUUUUAAGAUGUUUCGAGUUGAUAUCUGGUUUACGGAUCAAUUUUUGCAAGAGUAGUGUGGUCGGGUUUAACGUGUCAGAAAGGUGGAUUAGAGGGGUAGCAAGUGGUUUACAUUGUGGUGUUGGGGAAACUUCCUUCAUGUAUUUGGGGUUGCCGGUUGGUAGAAAGACAAGGUGUAAGAGGAUGUGGGAACCUGUUCUGAAAAAAUUUCGAGCCAAGCUUGCCCUCUGGAAGUCUAAUUCACUGUCCUCUGGCGGCCGCAUCACUCUACUCAACUCGGUACUCUCUGCUAUCCCUAUCUUUUAUAUGUCGUUAUUUUUAAUACCGAAUUGUGUGGCUUCGGAGUUGAUUAGUAUUCAACGGGCUUUCUUGUGGGGUGGGGUGGAGUUAAAGAGGCGAAUUCCAUGGGUUAAAUGGGAGCACAUUUGCUUUAGUAAGAAGCAGGGAGGGCUAGGUGUGAUAGAUUUGUGUAGGAAAAAUUGGGUUUUAUUAGGGAAAUGGUGGUUCAGAUUAGGGGAUGGUAUAGAAGGUUUGUGGAAGAAGGUGGUGAGGGAGAAAUAUUAUGGGGGUAGGGAAGAAGUAGACAUUAAGGCAUUGGAGAGUGUGAGGGUGUCAGGGAUUUGGAGAGAUAUUCUCAGUGUAGGACAACGAUCUGUAAGAUUACAUGACUUGUUGGUCCAGGGGUUCAAAUGGGUGGUAGGGGAUGGGUCUCGAGUGGGGUUCUGGAGGUCGGUUUGGGUGGGGGAGAAAUCUUUAAGGGAAUUGUGUCCUCGAAUGUUUGAAUUGGCUGUCAAUAAGGAGGGAUUAGUUAGUGAGAUGGGGGUGUGGGAGGAGGGUAGGUGGAGAUGGAAUAUAAUUUGGAGGAGAGGGCGGUUUGGAAGAGAGAAGGAUGAGGAAUUGAUGUUGUGGGAGGUGUUGAGUAGAGUUUGCAUCAAGGUAGGGGUUGAAGAUCGUUGGCAGUGGAGGCAUGCUGCAGAUGGGAAGUAUGUGGUGAAACAAGCUUAUGAGUUUUUAGAAUCGACGGAUGCUAUUCUUAAUGACUGGUUGUGUAAGUUAAUUUGGUGUCGCUUAGUACCGUCUAAAGUAUUGUCUUGGUGGGGUUUUGAGGUGGUGUUGCCGUCUAUUGUGGAGGGGGUAGCAGAAUUUUUCCUGUAUGGGUUGGGUAAGGUGGUAGGGAAGGAAUUGGGAGCAAGUAUUUUUCUUGUUACAUCAUGGUAUAUAUGGUAUUGGAGGAAUUGUACAGUGUUCAAGGGAGAUGUGGCUCUUAAGGAGGGGUUGUUGGAUAUGAUACAGGAAAAGACAUUUUUUUGGGUGAAGAAUAAAGUACAGGGUUGUGUAUUUUCUGUUUGGGAUUGGAAGGUAAAUCCAAGUGAGUGCGCUGUAGCUAUGAGAAAGCAUAAGAGGCAGCAAAAGGAGUUCCAUAAGCACCAAAAAGGACGGGUAUAGAUGUAGAAGGACCAAGAUGUUCUCUUUACUAGUAUUGUGUUUCCAUUUUGGUUAUAAUUUAUUUUUGUAAUUGGGUUAGAGUACCCCUUGUACUCUUGCAUAAUAAAGUUGAAUUUUGCUG